AAAACUAAAAUGAAAACCCUAGACUCUAGUUCAAUACUCAGCCUUCGCCCUUCAGCCCUGCGACUCAUCUGUCUCUCUGUCUCUCCACCGCGACUCUCCACUCUCCACUCAGCUCCACCGGCGGCCGGCCUUAGUCUUCUCUGUCUGGCGUCUGCAACUCUGAUUCGUUUCCUUUCGGCUUUCCUAACCCGCAAAGGCCCAGACCAAACAUCAGAGGUCAGGAAUAGAACGAUUUUAGCUUUUGAUUUCGACUGAGGCCUCAGUGUUCUUUCAAUUUAAUGGCUCGACAUCGGAGACUCAAAACCCUACCCGAUGCAAGUAGGGAUUUAAUAAGUGAGCUGCCGGUAGAGGUGAAGGACAGAAUUUUGGAGUGUUUGCCCACCAGAGAGGUCGCCAGAACUGCUCUGCUCUCAAGGCACUGGUAUCAUGUUUGGUUGCAGCAUGGGCGGCUUGUGUUCGAUCAGAAAUUCUUGGAAAGUGUCCAACAGCGCAAAGGUGAUGGGCGGGUUAAGAAAUUCUGGUUGGAUGGUAGAACCUGCCGGAACAUAAUCAAUAAUAUCCUCUUUCGUCGUGUUGGGCCGGUUAAGAAAUUUAUUCUAGAGCUUUCACUUGCUGAUCCUAAGCCGCAACAGUCUGAUUUUGAUAGGUGGUGUCGUUUUCUGUCAAGAAAUGGUGUGGAGGAACUUCACAUAUUUUUAUUUAAUUAUCCACAGCCAGAAUAUCAGCUGCCAUUUUGUUUACUCUCUUGCAGAACAAUUAAGCAACUGAUAGUCCAAGGUCCCUUUAUUGAUUUGCCUGUAGAUGCUUGUGAUAUUUUUUCCAAUGUCACUUCAUUAGCUUUCUUUCAUGUUGAAUUUAAGCGCGGUGUUAAUGGAAUUGCCUCUAGUAUUAGUAUUCCUAAGCUUGAGAAGCUGGCCUUCAAUUUUUGUAGCGGGAUCAAUAAGUUUGAUAUUAGCCCUCCAAAGCUUGAAAUCUUGUCUAUUAUUCAUUCUAUGAAUGAUGUGGUUGACUCGAGAUGGUUGCCACCGCAUUUGAAAACCAUUAAGACUCUUUGGUUGAGUGGCUCUUCGUUGGAGUAUAUGGAUGCAUCUAUGUUUCCAACUGCAAUAAAUCUGCAAGUGAUGAAGCUAUAUGGAUUAAAUUUUUGGUGUCGGAAGCAGCUUGCCGUUGCUAUGCAAUUGCUUAAAAAAUGUUCUAACCUAUGUGAACUGCAUAUUUUGAUGGCCGAGUUCGGUUAUGACAAAGAAGCUGCUUCAAGGCUUUUGGAGGAUCCCGAUAGUUGCUUUGUUAUUCAUGAGCUGAAGAUGCUUAAGACAAUCAAGAUUAAAUCAAACUGUUCCACACUCCAAAUGCUUUUUAUAAGAAUGUUGCUCUCAAAAUCUCCUUUGCUAGAGAGAUUUAUUGUGAAGUUUUGGGGUAUGAAUGCCGCCGAGGUGAGAAAAAUCCAAAGGAAGUUGGAAUGCUUUCCGCGUGCAUCUUCAAACGUGGUCCUUCGCCUAUUGAAUUUUAAACCAAAACGAUCAUCCGUUAGCUUUGGUGUUAAGUGUGUGUUAAAAUGA